CUUACAACUGGGAUCGACGACAAGACUUCUGUCAGGUGUAUUUGUGUACACACAGCCGCCACAUAUUUUGCUGCAGGCCAUGUGAGUGGCUUCAUGUGUUACACAAGUCGGUUAGUCAGCACAGACAGGGCGUGGAGGAAAUUAAGUGAACUUAAAUAACUAAAUGUAACAGACUAUGAUUAUGUACUGUAGGAAAAAUAAAAAACAUUAUGCUAAUUUGUUACACAGACAUGAACAUAUUCAAGCGUGUGAGGUUUUGAAUUUGCCGGCCUGUCAUUGGCUGCUCAUGUUAAGGGGGUGUGGCUUCAACUCAAAUCACUCGCCGCUUUGUGACUUCGGAGGCAUGUAGAGUCUGACUGACAGACCAAGAGACGGUUGGAGUUUUUUUAUGAACAAACUUUUAUGAAUAGGACAACAUCAGAUCUUAAUCAUAUUUUCCUGCAUAGACAACAAACCGGCUAGUCGGCUCUCUUUGUGAGUAUCCUCACAAAAGCAGCCAGAGUUAACCGACCCGAGACCUUACUUACUGUUUAAUGUAAGUUAUUCAUCGCGAGGCUUUUUUAUUUCGUGUAACGUUAUAUGACGGCUUAUUUAUUUCUGUUUUACACUCGUUUUGAAUGAGAAGCCAUUCAUAAGUCUGAGGAGAUGUCAGAGAAACGGUUUUCCAGCAUGGAUGAGUCCUCGCUCCGCACUUUGCUUGAUAAGACUGUGAACAUAGAUGAGCGUCGUCUGAUCCGCACAGCGAUUCGGGAGCUGCGGCGCUGUGAGAUUGAAGAAAUGGAGGCAGCGCUGACUAGCAAACGCUUCAGACGUGCUAACCAGCACAGACACGAGGAUAAAGAAAACCAGCGCUGUCCUGACUCGACGGCUUCUUUAGACGUGCUGUCGAGGAAGAUUCAGGCCACACGUGACAUCGAGGAACUCACUGGACUGUUGCGCAGCGCCACUGAGUACGAGGAGAGAAAACUCCUUCGUGCAGCCAUUCGCCGACUGAGAGAUGAGGAGAUACGAGGAGCUUUAGAGAGCCUCGGCCACAGAACAGAGCCACCACACAAUCCUCAAAGCAGCUUCAGCCUGCAGGAUAACAUCCCAACAGAGUCGCUCAUCAGCCAAUCAGUGAGGAUCGGGAACCACAGAAAAGGCUCAAGCCCUGACAUGGUUUUAGUUCUGGAUCCUUUGGUCAGAGAGAAAGUCUCCUGUCCUCUAACUCCGCGGAUUGAGCGGGAUCAUGGCUCGUCCUCAUCAGAGGUCAUUCCCUCGUACCGAGAGCGCUCAGACUCCGGAGAGUCCAGCGAUAGUCACAGGUCCCAUCAGAGGAAGAGGCUGAACUCCAGCGCUUCAGACCAAGAGCACAGCCAUGACACUCUGCGGGACCGGAGCUCUCCGUCAGGACCGGCUGGAGACGAAGUGAGCUCAGAAACCCCUUUAAUAUCUGGAAUAAACUCAGAGGCUCCACAAAGUGAUCAGCAGCGGAAGAAACUUGAGAAUGGCCUGGACUCGAGUCACUUCAGAAGCACAGCGGCUUCACAGGAGAGCACACUGAGCAGUAAAAGACCAGACGACAGCUCCAGACUGAAGGCGUCAUCAGGUCGAGACUCUUUCUUGACGUCACUUACUAAUGGCAAAGAUACAGAUUUUAGAAACAAGACAUCAUACUCCGGGCCCUUCAUUCGCACCAACUCUGUCCGUGACCGGAUGCUGAAGUUCACCGAACCAGUCUCAAGCGCACCUAGAAGCGCUCAUAGUUUCUCUCAUUCUACAAACACAGUGUCAGCAGACGAGUCCCGGGACACCCUGUCCUGUUCCUCCUCCAUCCCAAAGAAAGGGAGAAAUGUCAGCGAGAGCAUGAUGUCAGCCCAGCCUAAACUGCUCUCCAGCCAAUCACGCGCAGCAGUGGGCGGCUCAGAGACUCGCAGUCAAAAUGUCAGGAGUGCAUGUGGCUUUUCAGAAGAAGUGCAGACUCCUGAGGGAGAAUCAUCUGCAGGAGCCCACCACUCCAGCAUGAAAACCUUCCUCAGCAUCGAGAUCAAAGACGGACGAAACCCACCGUCACAUUCUUCACUCUCAUCGUCCUCCACCGCCGUAAACAUGAGUCCUCGAAUCAUCACAGCUGCCGCUCCGCAGAGAACAGAGCUGACUCUUGGUUUAAGAGCGACACCGUUCAAAGUGACCAGCUCGAGUCUCUCAUCCGGAUCCUCUGUGAAGAUGGAGACUGAGCCUGUUUCUCUUGUGGGUGAAUCAGUUAUCGAGACGUCUCAUGAUGUCCCUGUUCUUCCUAACGGAUCGUCCAUGACCUCCAUCAAAACUGAGGCGCAAAGCGAGAAACUGACUUCCGAGAAGCUGCGAGACAUCGAGGAUGAGGAGAUCCUGGACAAAAUGCUUGAUGAGUGCAAAGAUUUUGAAGAAAGGAAAAUGAUCAGGACUGCGAUGAGAGAACUGAGGAAGAAGAAGCGAGAGGCUAAACUGGGAUGCACACAGGAGGAGAUGGGCUUUGGUUUUGACCAGCGGGAGAAGGAGCGCGAUCAGCGUCUGCUAGAGCUCAGGCAGCAGCGCGAGGACAGAUGUAAGAAAGCAGACGGCAGUAAUGUGCUGAUAAAGAAGACGGAGCGCUCGGCUGACAGCUCCACUGUCAGUCACAUCACCAACCGCAUUUCCCACACAGAUGACGCUGGAAGGACGUCCCGCAGCACCAUCAUGGAGUCCAGCUACAUUCAGAAGACAGACAAAGGCACAACGCAAACAAAGUCCUACAGUUACUCCAGCACCACGUCCACUAGAAAGGUCGGAAGUGUUUUUGACCGUGAGGACAACACGUCUCGCAGCUCCAGCAGAUCUUCAGCUCUGGAUCGCAGACAGGCCGAGAGAUCGGAGCUCAUGAGGGCUCAGACGUUACCAAAGACAUCUGCGGCUCAGGCCCGGAAAGCCAUGAUCGAGAAGCUGGAGAACACCAGCGGUAACUUGGCUAUUGCUCAGGUGAACAGGGUUCAGCGCUCUACCAGCUUCGGUGUCCCCAACGCAAACUCCAUCAAACAGAUGCUGCUGGACUGGUGCAGAUCCAAGACCCGAUCAUACGAGAACGUGGACAUCCAGAACUUCUCGUCCAGCUGGAGUGACGGUAUGGCUUUCUGUGCUCUGGUGCAUAACUUCUUCCCAGAGGCCUUCGAUUACUCCAGCCUCAGUCCCACCAACCGCAGGCAGAACUUCGAGACGGCCUUCAGCACAGCAGAGAGGCUGGCAGACUGUCCGCAGCUGCUGGAUGUGGAGGAUAUGGUGCGGAUGCGGGAGCCCGACUGGAAGUGCGUGUACACGUACCUCCAGGAGUUCUACAGGGGACUGGUGCAGAAGGGCCUGGUCAAAACCAAAAACUCCUCCUAGAGGCAUAAAUCAGGCCAAAAACGAGCUUAUGCCAACUGCAUGCCCCUACUGGAGGUGGAGGACAUGAUGAUCAUGGGUAAGAAACCAGACUCCAAGUGUGUGUUCACGUACGUGCAGUCGCUGGUCAACCAUCUGCGCCGCUGUGAGAUGAUGAGAGCUCGAGCGCAGCAAACCUCCGACUUCUGACGAAGCUUCUACAAACUACAACUCUUCACUUCACAGACACUUACUAGACGUUUCAGUCAACCAAAAGGGCUUUUAUACUAUAGUAGAUCCAAAAAGAAGGUUUAUUUAAAGGGUCAGUCCACCCAGAAAUGUUUUAUUCUGUUAUUCAUUUCUUGAUGUUAUGUUGUUUUAAUCAGUUUUUCAUUCAUCUUCAGAACCCAGGGUUAAGAUAUUUUAGAUGAAAUCUGAGAGCUCUCUCAUCCUCCUGAGAUGUUCAACAUCCAGAAAAGUGUUUCUGAGAUUUUCAAAAUGCAUCACUAUUAUAUUUUGAAUCAAUUUUGAGUUUAGAAUUUGACAGUAGAAGGUGCUCUAGGCUAAUUUUUAACAACAGAGGGUGCUGUAGGGUAGUAUUUAACAGCAGAUGUUACUUUUAGCU